CUUUAUUUCUCUCGUACAAACAAAUCUUCAGCAGCAAACCCCUUUUAUCCGGCGCUAAUAAACAGAUUACCACAUUUUCUGGCAGGCGCCUUCAAGACACGAGUCGUAUCAACACAGAGAAUGGUAGCUCAGGAUGCCAACGCUAUCUCUCAGGACAAGGAUGUGCAUGGAGAAGUCUUGGUCCCACCACAGUCAGCGACUCUUGUCGUACCGGUGACGAUCCACCCAGCAGAGGUGGUCGAAGCCAUGGAGGGGGUUGGAUUUUCAGAGGACGAUCUAAAGAACGAUACCCAAGAUCGCGAUCACCAUCAUAACCAUCAUCACCAACAUUUUGAUGGCCAUGACGAUGUCGAUAACGAGCAACCCUAUGGAUGGAUUGUGGUUGCGGCCGCGUUCUUUGUACAGGCGAUGGUCAUCGGCACCGUCAAUGGCUAUGGUGUAUACCAGGACCGUUACAUCACUCACGAGUAUAACACCUCAAGCACAUUUCAGCUUUCAUGGGUCGGCACCUUGAACGUCGUCGGCAUGGACUUGACAGGGCCCUUGACUGGACAGUUUGCAGACCAUUUUGGAUACAGAAUCAGUGCAUUUGUCGGUGCUCUGAUUAUGGGUGCAGCCCUUAUUGGAACCUCGUUCUCGACUCAGGUCUGGCAGUUGUACAUUUUCCAGGGAAUCCUCUAUGGGCUCGGCGCUAGUCUCGCCUUCUUCCCCUCGCUCAGUUUACCAUCGCAGUGGUUCAAGAGACGUCGUGGACUCGCAACGGGCGUUGUAGUCGCAGGUGGAGGCUUCGGAGGACUUGUAAUCUCUCCGGUUACAACGACACUCUUCAGCUUGAUCGGAUACCGUUGGACUGUCAGGACAAUUGCGUUUCUCCAUCUGGGGAUCGUGAUCCCAGCGGCGUUUCUGUUCAAAGCCCGAGUCGAGUCCGGCAGGGAUCGAACCAGGCGUUUGAAACACGAACAACAGGACCGUGAAAUGACAAUGACGGAUGUGAUAGGCGGAGAGAAGGUCGCUGUUGCGGGUGCCUUGAACAAUGAGUCUCAGACGACAUUGACGCCAAAAAAGAAGAUGGUCGAUUUCUCAGUGUUGAAGGAGAAGCGGUUCUUCCUUCUGGUUUGUCUCUCGUUCUUUAUUGCGAAUGGGUACUUUAACCCUUAUUAUUUCUUCCCUACUUACGUGCAGAACCACGGUGCCUCUGUAUCGACCGCCUCGCUUCUUGUCGGCAUCUUGAACGGAUCCAGUGCAAUUGGUAGAGUAACAAUGGGACUGGCGAGCGACUACAUUGGCGACAUCAACGUCCUCCUGAUCUCAAGUCUCUGCGCAUGUCUAAGUAUUCUGGUAGUCUGGACGCUGGCUGGGACCUCGGUUCCUGUCAUGGUUGUGUUCUGUAUCCUCUACGGAUUCUUUUCAGGAAGUUUCGUCGCCAUUGUCCCCACGGUUGCCGCACAUCUGUGUGGUAUUAGCCGUCUGGCUAGUGUCACUGGCAUCGUUUAUGGAGGCAUCGCCGUCGGUACGCUGAUCGGAUCGCCUGUGGGCGGUGCGCUGUUGGAUCUGAGCAAGGGACUGGAUUAUCUUCCAGUACAGCUUUGGGCAGGAUUGGUCAUGGCUGUGGGCACGACCAUGACGCUGGCUCUGAAGUUGAUGAUGAACCCCAGGCUCUUCGGACGCAUUUAGGAUAGGUCGUCAGUAUAGAACAUCACUUGAAGGAGCACAGUAUUUAUGUAGAACAUAUUAUUUCCUAAUACAUACACCAUUUGACAA